GACCUGUUUUUCCGGGCAUGUAGUACGUCAUUCACAAGGCAUCUCGCUGUUCGCAAGCGCGCCGAAACCAGGCAACGGGCCCGACUUUCUAGUUUUCUGGGCCUGCGGCAAUCUUCCAAGGUGCCUCGUUCAGUUGGACGUCUAGCCUUGGCAGAACCUCAGUACUCGCUCAUUUGCGGUCCGAUUUGUCGGAGGCACAGGUUCCAUCGUCUUGACGCGGAUGCUCGGCGGCGCUGCGUGCGGGACAGCCCGGCCUGCGACUGCCGCAGGACCCACGGAUGCGGCUAUCAGGACACAGACGGCGGCUUUCAGGCUCAGGCCGUGGGCGGUGAGCUCUGAAGCUGCGGAGCGCCGGCUAUCGCACAGCAGCGCGUGUGGCCGGGGCCGCAGCGCCACCGGAAGCGACCUCCGCUGCCCGGUACGGCGGCGUGGGUCCUGCGUCGCUGCUGCUGCCGGCUACGGAUCCGAGCCAUUCAUGGGUGACACGCCCCGCGCCCCGCGGCAGCGCAAGCCGGAGUGGGUCAGGAUCCUUGAGGAGGACGCGGACAACGACCCCGAGGUGGCGGAGUUGCUUGAGGGCACAGGGGGCGACCCGGACAAGAUCCGGGAAAAAAUGAAACACCGGCUCAAGCAGAGCGAUGUGCACCGCGAGGACGGUGGCACUGAUGUGCCCCCAAACAUCUCAUUCCGCGCCAUCAGCCCGCUGGGGCUGUGGGUGUGGCUGCAGUUCGCGGGCGGGCCGCCCACGCCCGGCGAGCAGGAGCUGCUGGAGGGAGUGCUGCGCAGCUGGUUCGCAGUGGGCAAGCUGGGCGGCUACAACAGCCAGAACCUGCAGGUGUACCAGAACGCGGACGACGACCAGUCGUUCUUCGAGUACGACAACGACGAGCUGGGCGUGGGUGAGAACCGCAUGGCCUCCUACAUGCACGACAUGGGAGACAUACAGUACCAGGACGACUGGGCGCGAGUGUGGAUCGACCUGGGCACCGCGGACGAGCUGUCUCUGGACGUGCUGCUGAACACGCUGGUGGGCUUCAGCGCGCAGAUGUGCGCCCUCAAGGCCAUCACGCUGGGCGGAGCCAACGAGGACUGGCCGCUGCCGGAGGGCUGGGAGGGUGACGCGUCGGGACUCGGGCCCGACGACGAGUUCAUGCGGGCAACCAUGGACCCGAUGCGGCUGCCCGAGGGCCUGGAUGAGGAGUUCCAGUUCAUGGACGAGGAGGGCAUGCUGGAGGGCGGCAAGGGGCGACCACAGGCAGCAGCAGCAGCAGGCAGCGGGUACGGCGUGGACGCGGGGGAGUACGGCGCGACCGCUGAGGAACGGGAACUGCAACAGCUGGCGGCGAGGCUGCGGCGGCCGCAGCCGGCAGGGAGCGGGACCGCCGUGGGGGGUUACUACGGGGCCAGCAAAGCCCCGGGUGUGGAUUUGGACAUUGACCCGGAUGAGUACAGGUUCACGGACCAGGAGGAGCAGGCGGCAGGGGAACAGAUCAGUCAGGCGCCAACGCAACAGCUGCAGCGGCCUUGGGGCGCGAGUUUUGUGCGCCGCGUCAAAAGGCAGGGCUAAGGCAUCGGUGCAUCUGUUGCUCAUGAACAUGUUCUGUGCGCAGCCGGUGUUCCUUGCUUGGCGUUGGUGUUUUGGGGCUGAGCCCCCGGUCCUGGUGAGCCGCCGGCUGCUGUGACGCUGCUGUGACGGGACUUCGGGAGGUUAUGUGCCCGAGCCCGAGGGGGGUAGAGGAGCAAGUGAGGGUGCAUCAACGACACGACCUCCGGACACUCCAACACGGCCUCCGUCCAUCGCAACAUGUAUGGUGACUCAUGCCCGGCAGGGUUGUGUAGUUCGUAGUACGCGUACAUGUACUACGUACUAUACUACGUACUGUACGCUGCCCUCGUCGGCUAGUACGUUGGGAAAAUACGCUUGCCGUGAUGCUGCAGACUGGACUGCGGAGGUUGCUGUUGUGCGAAGGAUCGGUGUGGAGGUGAUUGCCGACUUCUGGUCACGGCUAGCUGCGUUUGUGCAGUUUGUGAGUCUGCAUCGGCCUCCGCGCCGCUGGGACCUUGUCCCGAACCAGCACCCAUUCCUAGCAUCAGAUUAUGUUGGAGGGGUUAUCUUUGUAGGGCCAGCAGCGGACUCGCCACCGGCCUCACCCUAGAUUGUCAGCUUAGGGACUCGCAAGAGGUAGGCUUAUGACGCUGACCCACCGCUUAGGUGAGCAGCGCUAGCGUUUGCGGUGAGCCGGGCCUGGGGUUCCUCCCCUCUACUCCGGAGGCGAGGAGCAUGGGGGUCAUUCGGGGACCUCUCCUCGGGUGCGCGUGCGCAAGCGCGUGCGUGUCUCGUACGUUUUUGGGGCCCUGGCUUAGUCCACGGCUGUCGUCCCACAUGUAACCUCUAUCAGCU